CUUCCUGUCCUCCAGAUGUCGCGGCGCUCGUCCUUCCGUUGCUCCAAGUUUCGUCACGUCUUCGGAAAGCCGGCCACCAAGGGGCGGAGCUACGACGGGGUGCCGAUCACACGCGGCGUCCACGACAACCACUACUGCUCAGUCAAUCCCCGCUUCAUGGCCGUGGUGACGGAGAGCACUGGGGGCGGGUCCUUUCUAGUCCUGCCCAUCCAUCAUACAGGCAGAGUGGACCCUCAGCACCCGAGGGUGUGUGGUCACAGCGGCCAAGUCCUGGACAUCAAGUGGAAACCGUUUGACGAUUACUGCAUCGCCUCGUGCUCAGAGGACUGCACCGUGAAGAUCUGGGACAUCCCCGUCUGUGGUGUCCAACAGGACUUAACCAGGGCCAGGAAGACCCUGAUUGGUCAUUCCAGGAGGGUGGGGCUGAUCGAGUGGCAUCCAACUGCUGAGAACCUGCUACUUAGCUCCGCCUAUGACUACAAGGUCCUCCUCUGGGACGUGUCCCAGGAAAGUGCACUCAUCAGGUUCCCGGUCCGGGUCGUUCUGAUGCCCGUCCACCGCCGCUACCCGUCGGAGACGCUGCUGCUUUCUGUCAGCUUCAACAGCAACGGCAGCAGGCUGGCGGUCACAUCCAAAGACAAACGGGUUCGGGUCCUGGACCCAAGGACAGGAAAAGUUCUACAGGUGUCCAGCCCCAAGUCCCACAGAGCCAGUAAGGUCUUAUAUCUAGGAGGGAUGAAACUGCUGCUGUCCACGGGCAGCUCGCCCUGGCACCACAGACACAUCGUCCUCUGGGACCCUGACGACUUAUCUGAGCCUCUGUACGAAGAAGAACUGGACGGUGCCGGAGGAGUUCUCUUCCCGUUCUACGACCCGGACACACACAUGCUUUACCUGGCCGGAAAGGGUGACGGGAACAUCAGGUGCUACGAGCUGAGCGCUGAGAAACCUUACCUCAGCUUCCUGAUGGAGUACAGGUCACUGCUGCCACACAAAGGCCUGGGGGUGAUGCCAAAACGCGGCCUGGACAUGAACAUAUGUGAGGUUUUCCGAUUUUAUCGUCUGAUCGCUGUCAAAGACCUGGUGGAACCGCUGUCGAUGAUCGUACCGCGGAAACAGUCAGGUGUUUUCCAAGAGGACCUGUACCCAAUGACAGCUGGAAACCAGGCGGCCAUGACGGCUCAGGAGUGGCUGUCAGGGAUCAACAGGGGCCCGGUGCUGAUGUCCCUGGAGCCUGGGACUGGAGUAACCAACCCUUACCCAGAAACCCCUGCUGAGAGGGGGCUAGCGAAGCAGCUGAGCUCCCUGAGGUUCCAGACAGGCCCGGCUGUUGGUGCAGCGACUCAGACAAACCUGGACUUCAUGAAUGAGGUAGCGCACAGAACAGGUCAAACUGUGGUUUGAAUCCCAUCCACACCACAAAGGGGAAACUAACAGUGGGCAGCAUUUUUUCUCCUUUAAGAAAACAAGAGGUUUGGCCGAUGAA